AUGGAUCAGUGCAGUACAGAUUGUUCUCAAGAAAGGGGGUAUCAUAGUGGUGAGAACGAGAAAAAUGAGUUGAUUCGUACAAGAACACUAACUGGAUGGAGAGUUUGCAUCGAUUACUGCAAACUAAACGCUGCUACUCGAAAUGAUCAUUUUCCACUACUGUUCAUUGAUCAGAUGUUGGAGAGACUAGUAGGGGACCCGCAUUACUGUUUUCUGGAUGGGUACUCCGAGUAUAAUCUGAUUCCAGAGGGCAUCGUUUUAGGACACAAAAUCUCAGCAAAGGGUAUUGAGGUAGACAUAGCAAAGAUUCAGGUGAUCGAAAAAUUACCGCCACCAACAUCAGUGAAAGGUGUUCGUAGCAUCCUCGGGCAUGCCGGUUUCUACAGAAGGUUCAUCAAGAAUUUCUCAAAAAUAACUAAACCACUACGCUGUUUGUUGAUGAAGGAAUCCACAUUUGAGUUCACAGACGAGUGUUUGCUGGCUUUUAAUACCUUGAAAGAAAAGUUGAUUUCAGCACCCGUGAUCAUCACACCGGAUUGGAACCUACCAUUUGAAUUAAUGUGCAACGCCAGUGAUUUUGCUGUUGGGGCCUUAUUGGGAUAA